AAAUGAAAGAUAGAGAUGCAUAGCCCGUGUCAAAGUGCCAAACUUCAACACCAUUCUGAUACCGAGGCUAAUUUUGUGCAGCUAACAUCAGGGGAACAAACAGUUCAUAUCGGCGGUAAAAUUUUUGAAAAGUCAUCAGAUGCCAUUACAAAUUUGGCAGGAUUUGGAAUGAAUUCGAUUUUUGAUACCGAGGAGGAUUUUGACUUUUCAGACGACGACCUAUUGGAUGGCAGCAUAUUCACAAAUUCCAAUAUUUCUCUUCAAUUGGAGAGGGGAAAUAAAUCAAGCACAAAUGGUAGUGAUUCAAGUGAACAUUUUGGAAAUGGUCCAAUUCUGAGAACCUUUUUGAAUACUGAAAAGCUGAAUAACACAGAAAAAAUUCCUUUUGAGGGAUCUUCUAAGGACUAUUCAAUUUCAACAAAAAGAUUAAAAGACAUUUCAAAUGGUACAGAAUCUGAUUUGACUAUGAAAGGACUUGAUAUCUUUAAGCCCAGUUGGAGUACAAAGCCUUGUAUGAUGGAUUCUCAAAAUAGAUCUAAUGACCAAUCACCUUUGAUACCAGAAAAUCACAACAGAAAUAUAAAUCCAAAGUUUAAAUUUUUCAAAAAGACUGUUACAACCAAUGGUAAGAAAGAUAAAAUAAAUGGAAAUUAUGACAACAAAAGUAUGCAAGCAAUGCCAAAGAAGCCAAUGGACAUUCACAAUUUACAGAAUGGGUUAAGGAAGUGUAAUAGAAAUUAUAAAAACUCAACAGAAAGUAAUGAAUUGUUUGAAAAGUCAGAAACAAGUAUUGAUAACAAAUUCCUUGGAGAUGAAAGCACAUUUGAAGAUUUGAUGAUGGACAACAAACACAAGUCUCUUGGAUCCAGUGACUGUAGUGGAACUUUGCCAGAACAAAGAUUGGAAGGUUUUUCUCAUGGAGAAGAAAUUAUAAUAACAUCGUUUUCUAGUGAAGAUGAAAGUAUUUUAACUCCUUCAAAUAAAAGACAAUUCCCUGGUCCAGCGGGCCUUUUGCCAAAGCUGGCCAACAUAUCUGAUACAAAGAACUUUCUAACACCAACAAAGUCUAUCAAGAAAAGGGCGAAAACACCAAAGAUAGAAAACUCACAAGUUGCAUUUGCUAGGAAAGCAGAUAAAGACUUCAAGCAGCCCUUUUGGUUGCAACUUCAAAAGGAUGCUAUGAACAAAUACAAAGGUUUGGUGUAUCAUUCUAUUGCCACAAUACAUAAAAAGGCCCGUGCCAAGCAGUUGGUAAAGGGGAAGGUGCCUCUUAUGUGUGCAUUGAUCAAAACAUUCACAUUGAAUAGUUCAGAUGCAAGCAUAAUACUGAAAGAUCCCACAGGGGAAAUUCAUGGAACGAUUCACAAAGCUGUUUUGGAGGGUUGUCAAACUGGGCUCUGCCCCGGCGCAGGAUUAAUUCUUAGACAGGUUUCUAUUUUCAGUCCAACAUCUCGCAAACAUUACGUCAACAUCACGCCUUCAAAUAUUGUGAUAUUAUUGUCUCCUGACUUGCCGUCGUCUGCUUCUUUAGGAUAUUCACCGGCCCAGCCCAUUUUUGAAUUUGCAAGUGACAAAAACAGAGAUGAUAGCGACUCGUCCAAUGUCCAUUCUGGUAGAGUGUCAAAAGAUGUAAACGAAGACCUAGAUGAAAUUCUCACGGAAAAUGAUGACUUUGCCUCUUGGUUUGAAGAGUCUGAAGAAAUUAUGGAAGAAUUGACACUCUAAACACAUAUUUUGGAAAGAAGGCUGCAGUCAAGACAAAUUACACGGGCGGUGUCACUACUUUGUUUCAAAAUAAUUUUUGUGUUUUGUGAAUAGAAUAACUUAUCUUCAUAGUUCUGUUGUGUUUACAUUGUAUUAAACCCACGUUCAUCACAUCUCUGUCGACUGAACACAUCUACUUUUGUAGCCACUGAAGGGAAGUUAUUUUCUUAUUAAUGACCACUGUGAUCUGAACCUCCAAAUGAAAGAUUUUGGUUUUCUUUAUUGAUACCCUGUACGCCUUGUUUGAAAUCCUUUUGUCGAAUAAUAGCUCACAUUUUACCCGCAACCUUUAAAAUCUGAAUCAUACAACUAAAAACAGCGGCUUUGCUU